GGAGCUUGGCGUGGCCAAUGGGGAGGACUUAAAGGAGACGCUGACAAACUGCACGGAGCCGCUCAAGGCCAUCGAGCAGUUCCAGAAAUCACGCAUCUGAUGAAGUAGGCUCUAGUUCUCAAAGGCUUCUGCCCCAACAGAAAAUGGCAUCCUGCUGCCCUCUCUCCAGUCUGCUCUGCCAUUCCUGGACCUCCACGGCACACCCCGGCUGGAGUUCCACCAGUCCGUGUUCGAUGAGCUGAGAGAGAAGUUGCUGGAGAAAGUCUCUGCUAUUGCCUCCGAAGGAAAGGCAGACGAAAGGUACAAAAAGCUGGAAGACCUUCUGGAGAAGAGCUUCCCCUUGGUCAAGAUGCCGUCUGUACAACCAGUGGUGAUGUGCGUCAUGAAACAUCUGCCCAAGGUUCCUGAAAAGAAGCUGAAGCUAGUGAUGGCUGACAAGGACCUGUACAAAGCGUGCGCUGUGGAAGUGAAACGUCAGAUCUGGCAGGAUAACCAGGCCCUGUUUGGCGACGAGGUCUCCCCGUUGCUGAAGCAAUACAUCCUGGAGAAGGAGAAUGCUUUGUUCAGCAGUGACCUCUCUGUCCUGCACAACUUCUUCAGUCCAUCCCCUAAAAUGAGACGGCAGGGAGAGGUGGUUCAGAAGCUCACACAGAUGAUCGGGAAGAACGUGAAGCUGUACGACAUGGUGCUGCAGUUCCUGAGGACCUUGUUUCUUCGCACACGGAACGUCCAUUACUGCACAUUGCGGGCAGAGCUCCUGAUGUCUUUGCACGACUUGGAUAUCAGUGAGAUCUGCACGGUGGACCCCUGCCACAAGUUUACCUGGUGCUUGGAUGCCUGCAUUCGAGAGAAGUUUGUAGAUAACAAGCGUGCUCGAGAGCUGCAGGGAUUCCUAGAUGGGGUGAAGAAAGGACAAGAGCAGGUCCUGGGGGAUUUAUCCAUGAUCCUGUGUGACCCGUUUGCCAUCAACACCUUAGCACUGAGCACCAUCCGUCACUUGCAAGAGCUGAUUGGGCAGGACUUGUUACCCAGGGAAAGCCCCGAUCUUCUGCUUCUGUUGAGAAUGUUAUCGCUGGGACAGGGAGCUUGGGACAUGAUCGACAGCCAGAUCUUCAAGGAACCUAAAAUGGAAGUCGACCUGAUCACCAAGUUCUUGCCAACUCUCAUGUCUUUUGUGGUGGACGACUACAUGUUCACUGUGGAUCAGAAGCUGCCUUCGGAAGACAAGGGCCCAGCGGCAUACCCCAGUGCCAUCCCCGAAAUGUUUCCAAAAUUCCUACAGGAUCACCGAAUCGCCUGCGAGAUCGGGCUGUACUAUGUGCUUCAUGUGACGAAGCAAAGGAACAAGAACGCUCUUCUCCGGUUGCUCCCAUCACUAGCAGAGACCUUCAACGAUCUGGCCUUCAAUGAUAUUUUCCUGCACCUGCUCACUGGUAACCUCACUCUUUUGGCUGAUGAAUUUGCCCAGGAGGAGUUCUGCACCAGUCUCUUUGACAACUUCUUCCUUGCUGCCUGCUCAAGGAAGGAGAAUGUGCACAGGCAUGUGCUGCGGCUGCUGCUUCACCUGCACCACAAAGUGGCGCCUGCCAAGUUGGAGUCCUUGCAGAAGUCACUGGAGCCCACCAAACAGAGUGGUGAAGCUGUGAAGGAGCUGUACAGCCAACUUGGUGAAAAACUGCAACUGCACAAGCCUGGCCCAGCCCAGGCAGCUGACGCCCCACCCAUGGAGUUGUCUCUACCAACAGUCCCCACCCCAGCUACUCUCUAAGCCACGCCUUCCUUGAUCCUACAAAGGGAAGAGCCAAGGUGAUGAAUGCUCAUCUGGUUUGGGAGACAGCCUGAAUCCCUCGGCCAUCACAGGAAAGGACUCUGCGCUGCCUGGCCUGCAUUUUUGUGCAUCUCCCAGGAAGAUAGCUCUGCCAUGAAGGAUGCUUUCAUGGGAAUCGUCGUGUGUCUCUUCUGCCUUAAAAGCAGACACAAUUUCCUUUUUUGUAAUUUAAUGAGUGGAAAUGAUUAGUGAAGCUUGAUUUUCUUUGGCUAGGAUUAGGAAAUAAA